AUGGAGGCUUCUUCUUCUUCCUCCUCCUCCUCAAAGGGUUUCAUGGCAAAUGUGGAGCAACCCCAUGUUUUAGCCGUCGAUGACAGUCUCAUCGACCGAAAACUGAUCGAAAAGCUACUCACAAAUUUGUCUUGCAAAGUGACAACUGCAGAAAAUGGGGCAAGGGCGUUGGAGUUUCUGGGCUUAGGAGAUCAACAACACAAUAGCUUGGAGAGUAAUGUUUCAAACUCAAAGGUAAAUCUGGUAAUUACUGACUAUUGUAUGCCCGGAAUGACAGGCUAUGAACUUCUCAAGAAAAUCAAGGAAUCAUCAAUCAUGAAGGAGGUUCCAGUGGUGAUUAUGUCAUCUGAAAACGUACCGAAUCGGAUUGACAAGUGCUUAGAGGAAGGAGCUCAAAUGUUCAUGCUAAAGCCACUGAAACAGUCAGAUAUAAAGAAAUUGAGAUAUCAUUUGAUGAACUGCAAUAGCUAGAAAAACGUGUCUUUUUUUUUUCCUUUCUCUGGAGAAAGAGUUGCAAAUAGCCUAAGAGCUAGUUCAAUUAAUAAGUUUUUCUGUGGAACAUAGCAUGGUAUGCACUGGAGAUUUAGUCUAUCAAAUUUUUAUAUUUUCCCUAUGACAUAGGAACUUCGUUCAAAAUGCUAAUUUUUAACUUUGGGUUUUGUUU